UCUGUAAUCAAAAUCGACUCUCAGUGGUUCCUCUGCCAGUACUAAGGGCAACAUGUGCAUGUAACAAUACAUAGAUGAUUCGAUAGUCAAACGGUCAUGCAGUUCCCUGCGCCCGACCUGUUCUCUUCUCGUCGUCUGCUUUUAGUCACAGACCAACUUCCAGCUCCAGCUGAUUUUUUACUGCAUCGGUUCCUUCACUUGCACCUGAAGCAAAGCAAAACUGCAAAAUGUAUUGUUCUCGCUGUAUCCGAAAGCCUCGAGCGCUGGAAAUCAGUAGCUUCAAAGGCCAACGUCAAUGUAGCCCAUAGCGAAUCUUUUCAAUUCAUAGAUGUAUUCGACCAGCAUCCACCAUCACAAAAUCGAGGAGAGGGGCAUUUGAAUGUUAUCUCUCUAAAGUACAUCUACGAUCUACUAUCAGUCAAGUUAUCGGACUCCCGAACCUAUGGCCAAAUCCCACUCGUAAUUCUGGAUGACAUCACAUCGCUCGAAUGGCUCGGGGUUUCGCUGCUUGACCUGUCGCGGUUUACUCGUGCUCUAAGAACCCUCUGUAUCAAGAUGGAUGCAGCAUUGGUCGUCAGACAUCACAUUGUCACUCCACCAGAGCCAGAUGCACUCUUGCAGCACUUGCUUCAACUAUGCACCUAUCACAUCGAGGUCAGGCCUUUAGCCAGCGGGCGAAGCGGUGCAGUGAGUGGAGAGAUAUCUGUGCAUUUAGGGCCUAGCAUGAAAGAUACAAAUGAACAUGUUGUAUCUCGUACGUCAGCGCUGCAAUAUCGUUUGACGGAGUCAAGUGCUGUGUUCUUCGACAAGGGCACAAGUACAGGAGUUCUGUAAACGCUGUGGAGAGAGCAUGAUGAUGUGCGCGAUUCAUAAGAUCGCAAAAGCUUGUCGAAGCUGUGGGGACAAAGAGGCUGUAUGCACUCUGAGUAUACGAAUGCCAAUACGUCUGAAUAGUUCGAGGACAAGACUCGCUCUAUGUAGAUUGAAGCAUAGUAUGGCGUGCGUUACUUACAUAUACCCUUCAAAUAAUCCCGCAGACCGUCUUGCGAAAAUACGACGGUCUUCAUUGCCCCUGCAUACAUGUUCCACACCACAUUUCGG